GUAGAAGAACGGCAUACUUUAUUCCAUAGCCGUUCUCAACAGAGUCGAGCCUCGAGUAUUCAAGAAACACGUUACAGAAGCCCAUUAGCAAUGGAAGUCGUUUGCCCCAUAGAUGCUCAAUUCGCUGAGCAAAUUGCCGUUCUACUCGAACCACCUUCAUCCCUUCAACUGCAGGAGUAUUUCGAUGAACUUAUAACGAGUAAACAAUGUAAUGGGAUUCAAGUCAAACCAACCAAUGACUAUGGAAAAGGCGUUUAUGCUGACAUGGAGUUUGAAGAAGAGGACCUUAUUUUGAAAGAUCAAAUGCUUUUCGGUGUGCAGCAUUCCUCAAAUAAGAUUGAUUGUCUUGUAUGUAGUUUCUGCUUCCGAUUUAUUGGGUCAAUAGAACUCCAAAUUGGAAGGAAGCUCUAUCUUCAGGGUUUAGGGAGCCCAAAAGAUUGUUUUGAUUUAGCAUCCGAAGAUCAGCUAGAAAAUUUCCAUUGCCUUCUGUUAUCGAUUGCCCUGGGGGAUGUAAAGAAGCUUACUACUGUAGCAAAUCUUGUGCACAUGCUGAUUGGGACUUAUGCCAUUCUAUACUUUGUACUGGAGAAGGGUCAAAAAUCGUUGUCCAAAAAGGCACUUUCAAGAUUUAUAGAACAUGCUAAUGAGACAAAUGACAUUUUUCUUCUUGCUGCCAAGGCGAUUUCUUCUACAAUCUUAAAGUACAGGAAGUUAAAAGCAGCACACAAUAAAGAGAAAGAGAAGAAUCACAUUGCUGAAGUAUUAGGCAACCACAAUUUUUCUCUUCUUUUGAAGGCUUGGAAGCCUUUAUCAAUGGGAUACAAGAGGAGGUGGUGGGACUGUAUUGCAUUGCCUGAUGAUGUUGAUGCUUGUGAUGAAGCUGCUUUUAGAAUGCAAAUAAGGCAGCUGGCAUUUGAGUCACUGGAGCUUUUAAAGGAUGCAAUUAUCGAUGAGGAAUGUUUGCCAUUGUUUUCCCUAGAAAUCUAUGGGCAUAUUAUUGGCAUGUUUGAGCUGAAUAACCUUGAUUUGGUUGUAGCAUCUCCAGUGGAGGAUUACUUUUUAUACAUAGAUGAUCUCCCAGAACCCGAAAAGAAAGAAGUUGAUGAAAUUACACAGCCUUUUCUUGAUGCUCUUGGGGAGGACUAUUCUGUUUGUUGCCAAGGCACAGCAUUUUUCGCACUGCAAAGCUGUAUGAACCAUUCGUGUUGUCCCACUGCUAAAGCUUUUAAACGUGAUGAGGACAGAGAUGGCCAAGCAACCAUACUAGCAUCUAGACCUAUUAAAAAAGGAGAAGAGAUUACCAUAUCAUACAUAGAUGAAGAACUUCCUUUUGAAGAGAGACAGGCAUUGCUUGCAGACUACGGGUUUAGAUGCAAAUGCCUCAAAUGUAUUCAAGAACAACCAUAAUAAUUCUUCCCUUUUGUAUUAAUAUAUAUAUUUUUAAUAUUAUUUAGGAUUUACCCAUUUUGGACACUUAUAAUUAAUUAUUUUGUGUCAAUAAUCAACUUUUAUGAAUUUGUG